ACGUAAACUUAUAGAACAAACGUACAGAAAUGGAAUCUGCUAAGGUAGUUUUGUAUCCUUCUCCAGGAAUCGGCCAUCUCGUUUCGAUGGUGGAGCUUGGUAAACUCAUUAAUACCCGCCAUCCUUCACUCUCUGUAACCAUUCUCAUAAUUCCAGCACCUUUUGAAACCGGCUCAACGGAUGAAUGCAUCACUAGCGUCUCUGUUUCCACCCCUGCCAUCACUUUCCACCACCUCCCAGCUAUCGCUCUUCCACCCGACUUCUCUUCUGAAUUCAUAGACCUUGCCUUUGGGUUACCCGAGCUUUACAACCCGACCGUCCACAACACACUCGCAGCCAUCUCAGAGACAUCAACCAUCAAAGCUGUGAUCCUUGAUUUCUUUUCAAACGCUGCUUUUCGUGUCUCUAAAUUAGGUCUCAAGAUACCCACUUACUAUUUCUAUACAAGUGGCGCUUCGGGCCUAUGCUCGUUUUUAUAUUUCACAACCAUCCACAAGACAACCACAAAGAGCUUUAAAGAUGUUGAUAUUUUCUUUGAUAUUCCAGGGGUGCCUCCAAUUCAUUCGUCAGAUAUGCCAUCGGAUAUGUUUGAUAGAGAAACCAAUUCUUACAAAAACUUCAUAGAUACUUCUGCCAACAUGGCAAAAUCUUCCGGAAUUAUUGCAAACAGUUUUGCAGGCCUAGAAGAAAGAGCUGUUAAGGCUCUCCGGGAUGGUAACUGUAUCCCGGAUGGCCCAACCCCACCUAUUUAUCUGAUCGGGCCGUUGAUUGCUGGCGGCAAUCAAGUAGAUCCUAACGAAAACGAGUGUUUAAGAUGGUUGAACUCACAACCUGCUAAAAGUGUUGUGUUUCUAUGUUUUGGGAGCAUGGGUGUGUUCAAGAAGCCACAACUGAAGGAAAUGGCUAUUGGGUUAGAGAAAAGCAGGCUUAGAUUCUUGUGGGUGGUGAGAAAUCCCCCACCAGAAGACGAAAAUGAGAGGACUUCUAGUGCUAAAGAUUUCAGUCUUGAAGAUAUUCUUCCACAAGGAUUUUUAGCAAGGACUGUAGAUAAGGGGCUGGUGGUGAAAAACUGGGCACCGCAACCCGCGAUACUUAGUCAUGACUCGGUGGGUGGAUUCGUGAGUCAUUGUGGGUGGAACUCGUCCCUUGAAGCGGUGGUCGCUGGGGUGCCAAUGGUGGCAUGGCCAUUGUAUGCAGAGCAGAAGAUGAACAAGGUUUAUUUGGUUCAAGAAAUAAAGGUGGCACUAUCAUUGAAAAUGUCAACAGAAGGGUUUGUGACAGCAGAGGCUGUAGAAGAGACGGUGAAGGUUUUGAUGCAGGGUGAACAAGGGGCAGUGGUCAGACAACGGGUUUCACAGAUGAGUAAAAGGGCUAAGGCUACGUUGGAGGAUGGCGGCUCCUCCCGAGUUGAAUUCAAUAAAUUAACCGAGUCAUGGGGAAACAUAUAAACCCUAUAUGAAGGAUGAUAUGAACCCAAAUCUAAGGUAGCUUUUAUUGGAAAAUAUAUAGUACUAGUAUUAUUGUUUUUGUUUACAAGUUUACAUUGCAAUAACAGACUUGGGUGUGACGUACGAUCAUGAAAGCUAUCAUUGGACUGUAA